CCCCUCGCUGCACCCUGGGGCUCCGUCUCCUAGAGGGGCCCGGGGUGCAGGGCUCCCUUUCCUCUGAAACCUCCUCAGCCCAGAGGCUCCGGACUGCCCGCGGAGAGUGAGGCAGGGGCAGGGUCGUGGCAAGCGGCACAGAAAUCCCAGCAAGUUCUGCGCUCCUACUGUGAGCCCUCGGCGGCGGAGCCCCCGGCCUGCGGUCGGCUUCUGGGAAGGGAGCUCCGCCCGGGAGCAGCGGAGGGCAGCGAAGCUCUCGAGAUGGCUGAAGCUGGGCAGGUCGCCAAAGGCUCGGCAGCCACAACAAUCCCGCAGUUCAAAGUUAAGCAGCAGUUGCACAACUUCCAGCAACUCUCUCAGCCGGCUGCUAAUGAGCUGAAAGCCAGAGAGAUCUGAGGAGGCCAAGAGCAGCUUCCAGCCCUCCUCCUUUCAGCUCUGAGAUCCAGAGCCCCAGCCCCAGGGCCAGAUCACUCGGAGGCACUGGCCUUGAAACUUGCUUGCCAGAGAGACCAUGGCUCCUUUUGGAAGAAACUUGUUAAAGACUCGGCAUAAAAACAGAUCUCCGACUAAAGACAUGGAGUCAGAAGAGAAGGAAAUCGUCGUUUGGGUUUGCCAAGAAGAAAAGAUUGUCUGCGGGCUAACGAAGCGCACCACCUCUGCAGAUGUCAUCCAGGCCCUGCUGGAGGAACACGAGGCUACCUUCGGAGAGAAGCGAUUCCUGCUGGGGAAGCCCAGCGAUUAUUGCAUCGUUGAGAAGUGGAGAGGCUCAGAGCGGGUUCUUCCUCCACUCACUCGGAUCUUGAAGCUCUGGAAAUCGUGGGGAGACGAACAGCCUAACAUGCAGUUUGUGCUGGUGAAAGCAGAUGCCUUUUCUCCGGUUCCCUUGUGGAGGACGGCCGAAGCCAAAUUAGUGGAGAACACAGAAAAGCUGCGAGAGCUCAGCCCGGCGAAUUACAUGAAGACGUUACCUCCAGAUAAACAAAAAAGAAUUGUCAGAAAAACAUUCCGGAAAUUGGCUAAAAUCAAGCAGGACACAGUGUCCUGCGAUCGUGAGAGCAUGGAAACGUUAGUUCAUCUGAUCAUCUCUCAGGACCACACUAUCCACCAGCAAGUCCAGAGAAUGAAGGAGUUGGAUCUGGAAAUCGAAAAGUGCGAAGCCAAGUUCCACCUGGAUCGUGUAGAAAAUAAUGGGGAAAAUUACGUUCAGGAUGCGUAUUUGAUGACCACUUUCAGUGAAGUUGAGCAAAAAGUAGACCCGCAGUCUGAAGAAAGCCAAACUCUGGAGGACCUGAAUGAAAGUGAUGGGAUUGUACAGUUGGAAGAGCAACUGAAAUAUUACAGAAUGCUCAUCGAUAAGCUCUCAGCGGAAAUUGAAGAAGAGGUGAAAAGUGUUUGCUUUGGAAUAAGUGAAGAUGCAGAAGGGGCGGCUGCAGGUGAAUCGGAAACCCCAAGUUUGGACAACGUCAGGUGUGAUUUGGAGAAAAGUAUGAAGGCUGGGUUGAAAAUCCACUCUCACUUGAGUGGCAUCCAGAAAGAGAUUAAAUACAGUGACUCAUUGCUUCAGAUGAAAGCAAAGGAAUAUGAACUCCUAGCCAAGGAGCUGAAUUCCGUGCACAUUAGCAAAAAAGAAGAAUGCCAUUUAAAGGAAAACAGAGGGAAGGAAGCUGAGGCUCCCUGCAGCAGCGGGGAGACACCCCCUUUAACUGAAAGGGUCUGUAACAUGUAUACAAACGACACAGACUCAGACACUGGGAUCAGCUCGAACCACAGUCAGGAUUCAGAAACAACUGCUGGUGACCUGGUGCUGUUGUCCACGUAAUGCCAACGGUUUCCUUUUGUCCUGCUUUCCUGCUGUCUGUAUUUGUAUAAUUUAAUUUGGAACUAUUUCAAAUACACUUUUCUGAAAAAAA